AUGCGGGAAAUUAAAGACAGAAAUCUCCGUAAAAUAGUUGUCAACGCUGGGUAUGCCUUAAACCAACCAUCGUUCAUGUAUUACCGAGAAGAAAUAAGGUUGUCAAGCGUGGAAGCAUUAAGGUGGGUGGAUAAUAUUCCAGUCGAGAAAUGGACUAGGUCAUUUGAUGGAGGGUGUAGAUGGGGUCACAUGACCACAAAUCUUGUAGAAUCCCUAAAUGGCGUAUUUAAGGGAACUAGGAACCUCCCCAUCACUGCGUUGGUAAGGGCAACGUAUUACAGAUUGGGGUCACUUUUUGCAGCAAGAGGCAAAAAAUGGAGCGAUGUACUGCAAUAA